AUGUCUCAUUCAGUUUAUCAAACUAGCGGCAAACCUUUAUCAAAAGAAGCCUUGUACCAUCAAAGAUUAAGACAAGGGAUUUUCCAAUCUCCAAGCGGGACAAUUGUUGGAGUCAAUAGCAAUGCCUCAGACACAGCCGCCUUGUUAGCUGCUUCUUCAGAUUUGACAGUGAAACCUUCUUAUGAGCGCUCAAUUGCUCCCGAGGCCCACACCGCCGCCUUGGCUGCUAAAAAGCAAGAACACAAGGAUGUCAAGCAAAUUGACCAGGAUUUAUCCGACGCAGCAUCUGCUUCCAAGCAUUCCGUCAACAGUCAGUACACCUCCAAUGGCACCCCCUACACCACUGUUCGCGUUGGCAUUCCCUCUGCGUUGAAUAAAGCCUCCAUUUAUAAAGCAGCACAGCAAAACUCGACUCAUACAAUGACAUCGAGAAUCGACCCCGAGAAAGAUAUAAGAAGAAGUGGUAUACUUUCAAAGCAGGGCAAGUCUGCGUUGGACAUUAACAAAGUCAACAAGUUGGCCACUAAAAACUCGUCAAAAUCGUUGAAUUCGAGAUUCAAUCCCGAUUUAGAUUACAGAUCUGGGUUGAAAAAGAAUAAACCAACUGAGUUUUUGGACCAAUCUGAAGAAGAUUUGGCCGCGGAAAGUGCCGAGGCUGCUUUGAGCAAGACACCUUCUGUUCCUGAUUAUGCCACUAUUACAAGAUCGAGCACUUUUAAAGCCAAGGAUGUCGUUACUCCAAGCUUGUUAGCAGCAGCUGCUGCAAGAGCUGAUAAACGAUUGAGUGCAUUGAAUUCAAACACGCCGCAAUCACUUAAACAACAGGCCCAGUUGUAUGCUAAUGCAUUGGCUGUUGCUCAACAAAAGAGCGAUGAAAGAAGCAAAAAUAGACAAGCAGGCGUUAUUAAUUUAGGUGGUGGGUUGACUAUAACCAUUGCAGAAUUGGAUAAAUUGGCCUCCACUUAUGUUCAGCCAGUGAUUAAGGAUAUCGAAACCAAAGCCGAUGCUAAAAGAGAAAUCGAGGCUAGCAAGAAGCAAAGAAAGUUGGAAUUGAAAGCUGCUCACGAGAAAGCUAAGCAAGAAGAGUAUGCAGCAAAAGUCAAGGAAAAGCAAGAGAUCGAAAAGGCCAAGACAGCAAGAGAACAGGAGAAUGAAAAAUUGAAAAAGGCUGAGGAUCUCAAAUUGACCAAGCACGAAAAGGAAAGAAACGGCGAGGUUGAUGAUAAGCAAAAGGAAUAUGAAGAAUUGGAAAAGAAACAUGCCGAGGAGAAGAAACAACUUCUUGCUGAUAAGAAACAGAACCAGGAUGAAAUUGACAAAGAGGAGACUGCAAAGAAGGAGGAGAGAACAAAGGAAUUGAAGGACUUGCAAGAUGAAAAAGACGAAAUCAUUCAACCUACUUUGGACGAAUUGAAGGAAGAAAAUGCCAAGUUGAAAGAGGUUACUGACGCAAGAGACGAGUUGAAAAAGGAAGUCAAGGCAGCAGAAAAGCAACAGAAGGACUAUGAAGCUGAACUCCAGGACUUGGAUGAACAAUACAAGAAGGCUGAAAGUGAAAUUGAAAAAUACACCACCGAUUUGGAGGAGACCACCAUCAAGCAUGAAAAGACCGAUAAGGAAUUGGCAGAUCUCAAGACCAAGCAUGAAGAGACUACCACUAGUGCAGAAAAGGAGCACAGGGAUUUGGACGCAAAGAUUGCCGAGUUGGAAAAGGAAAAGAAGGAAAAAACCGAAGAAAAGGGCCAAAAGAAGAGUGAUAUCUUGAAAGCUCUUGAUCUCAGGGCGAAGGAGGAGCACAGGAUAAACGACGAGUUGCCUCCACAUUUGAAACGUGACCUCGACGAUGCCAAGCUCAAGGACACAAGCUCCAUCUUUUCCGAAGAAGUUGAACCUCCAACAAAAAAAGCGGAAGAACCUAAAGCAACAGCAAAAGCAACAACUGCAGGUGCGGAAACAUCAAAACCCGCAGGCGGAUCUCAUAUUAAAAGCGUUCCGUUAGUUGCAGUAGCAGAUGAAAAGCCAACUCCAAAGGCUGCUGCUACUGCCGAGCCAAAGACUGUUGUUGCUGAACCAAAGGCGGCCGGAACUGCAGCACCUAAGCCAGUUAAGAAGGAAGCUGCGAAACAAGCAACUCCAUCGAAGCAAACCAAUGCCGGUAGUGCAGUCAAGAGGCCUGCUAGCACAACAGCUCAACAAUCUCCAAACAAAAAGCGAGAGUCAUUUAGCAAAAGAUUUAGUAAUUUCUUUAAAGAUCAAUCGAAAGCACCAGCUCCUCAACAGAAAAGUACGAGCUCACCCGCUAAAGCUCCUGCUGCAAAGACACCUGCUACAGCAAAGAAGCCAGAACCAGCCGCGGCCGCCAAGAAAGAAGAGCCCAAACUAGCAUCAGCAAAGAAAGAGGAAUCGAAACCUGCAGCUACUGCUACUGCUGCUACAGCUGCUGCUUCGACUGCAAAGAAGGAAGAACCAAAAGCCGCUACAAAGGAAGCUAAACCAGUAGCUAAACAGGAGGGCAAAAAGACUUUGGACCCCAAGAAAGCUGUUGAGCAAGCAAAGGAGAAAGCUGUUGCUACAAAGUCGGAAAAAGUACCCGAAGCUUCAAAACAACCAGCGGCCAAAGACGCCGAGAAGGAGGCCAAGACUGCAGGAACUUCAGCCACUAAGGAUUCUGAAGAUUACGCUGAUUUCGAUGAAGAGUUGAGCUUGGAUAAGAAUGGCAACAAGGGUGGAUUGUUCAAGGAGGAAAUUUUGGAGUAG